AGUUGAAACGCAACCCAACUCAAGAGAAGCUGAAGGAGAAAAACAAGGUGUUGAGUUAUUAUAGGUCGAGUAUUUGUUUUCUGAUUGGGGUAAUUUUCCGAAAGCAGAGGAAUCAGAAUCCCAUUCGCAGGCUCCAUCAGACACCACCACAACAACAAUUGUAUUUUGUUUCUCUCAUUCACACCCGCCGUAUCCCAAACAAACUCUGUCUCUAAAAUCUAAAGAAUCUCCAUUUCUUUUCUCUUCUUUUCUUUUCUUCUCCACCUCAGGCCUCCUUUCUCUCCCAAUUCUCCACAAUUUUAGUAACCUCCAUAUUUCUGCUUAUCGAAAAUAUUAUCUCUUCGUCUUUAGCGUCUUAAAAUCCGCUUCUUUUAUCAAAAACAAUUCAGGAUCAUGGGGUUCAAGCAUCCUUACAUGCGCUUAAAGCUCAUGUCUUUCGUUCAUAUGCAAAGCUGAAGAAGAAGGGCUUCACUUACUUGUUUCAGAGAUUCAAACAAACAAUUCGCGCAUGGAGUUUCAGGAGGCUGUCAUGAAGUUGAUGAUCCACAAAGCCAAAGAAAACGAAUGGGCUUUCCAAACCCCUGACAGAGUGACAGAGAUAAGCAGUCCCAGCCCCAGGCGCAAAUGGAAGCUUUUCAACAGGUCCUCAUCGGCCAUUCCAUCAAAAACUGCAAAGGCCCAAGCUCCAAAAGAGUUCAUUUGCCCCAUCUCUGGUUCCCUAAUGGCUGACCCAGUCAUCGUCUCCUCAGGCCACACCUUCGAGCGUGCCUGCGUCCAAGUCUGCAAAUCCCUCAACUUCACACCCACUCUCGUGGACUCUCCCCCACCCGAUUUCUCCUCUGUAAUCUCCAACCUCGCUCUCAAAUCCGCCAUUCUCAACUGGUGCCACAAGUCCUCCAUAGACCCUCCCAAGCCCCUCGAUUUCAGUUCCGCCGAUCAGCUCGUCCGUGCUUUCGUGGCGUCCCAGAACCAAACCCUGCCCCAGAAGCUCGUAAUUUCGGAGAACGAGUUGUUGAUCCAAGGCGUCAACGAAACCCCUAAAGUGAAUUUCAAUCACGCGGCCACCGAGGUGACUCGGCGUCCGACUCACUUCCACUCGAGCUCCGACGAAUCGGUCACCGCGCUCGUGUCGACUCCGCCUCUGCCCUUCUCGACGCAGCCGAGUUGCUACUCUUCCUGUUCGUCUUCCUCCUCCGAAAUUGAAACCCUAAACCCGGGCAACAGCAAUUCAUCCUCCCGCUCCGUAGAAGACGACGAAAUCUUGAUCAAGCUCAGAAGCCAACACGUGUUCGAAAUCGAGGACGCUCUGGCCUCGCUGAGGAAGAUCACGCGAACCAGAGAGGACACUCGGGCCAGCCUCUGCACCCCUCGGAUGCUCUCCGCCCUGCGACCUCUGAUCGUGUCCAGGUACACCGGCAUUCAGGUGAACUCGGUCGCAGCGUUGGUCAAUUUGUCGUUGGAAAAGUCAAACAGGAUUAAGAUCGUACGGUCAGGAGUUCUCCCUCCAUUGAUUGAUGUGCUUAAGGCAGGAUCCCCUGAGGCGCAGGAACACGCUUCCGGUGCACUCUUUAGCUUGGCGCUUGAUGACGAUUGUAAGACCGCCAUUGGCGUUUUGGGUGCCUUGCCACCUUUGCUUCACUUACUCCGAUCCGAGAGCGAGCGGACUCGGCAUGACUCGGCACUCGCUUUGUAUCACCUCACACUCGUUCAGAGUAACCGCUCCAAAUUGGUUAAACUCGGGUCGGUUCCGAUUCUUUUAAGAAUGGUGAAGUCAGGUCAUAUGACGGGUCGGGUACUACUCACAUUGUGCAACUUGAGUUCUUGUGCGGAUGGGCGGGCAUCGAUGUUGGAUGCGGGUGGGGUAGAAUGUUUGUUGGGUGUCUUGAGAGGAAAUCAGUUUGACUCGAAGGCAACUCAGGAGAGUUGUGUGGCCACAUUGUGUGGGCUGAGUUAUGGUGGUUUGAGGUUUAAGGGGUUGGCCAAGGUGGCCGGGGCGAUUGAGGUGUUAAGAGAGGUGGAGAAAAAGGGAAGCGACCGGGCGAGGGAGAAAGCAAGGAGGAUGUUGGAGAUGAUGAGAGGGAAAGAGAAGGAGGAAGAAGAUGAAGUGGAUUGGGAGGAGUUGCUCGACUCGGGGCUCGGAAGUCGAAAUCGGAGUCAACUCAGUGGUGGAUUAGGCGGGUCAAGUGUCAACUCGUCCGAAUUUUGAGUACAUAAUUUGAGGAGUUUUUUUAAGUACAGUUUUUUUGAGUGUUUUAAUUUACUCCAUGAGUUUUCAAUUUGAACAAUCUCAAUCCUGUAAUUUAAACAAUAUACCUUGAAUAUUAUGAGGUCACAUUAUCUUGUUUAAAGAGAA